AUGGUCAACGCAACAUCCCGAGUCAUCCGCGUCGAAACCCACGGCCCUGCCUCCGUCCUCACCUCCACCACCGUCCCCCGUCCAACCCCCAACCCCACCCAAGUCCUCGUCAAGGUCGUCUUUGCCGGUAUCAACUUUAUCGAUGUCGCCGAACGUAAUGGUGCCUUCCCUACUCCUGUCCCUUUCGUUCCAGGUCGUGAGGGUGCCGGUGAGAUUGUGGAGGUUGGAUCCGAGGUCCAGCAUGGGUUCAAGGUCGGGGACAGGGUUGCGUUUUUGGGUCUUGCGACCUAUGCGGAUUAUGUUGCUGUUGAUACUGACAAGUUGGCAAAGUUGCCUGAUUCUGUCUCCUACGAAGAAGGCACAGCGUUGACGAUCCAAGGCCUGACAGCUCUCUCCCUCGCCACAAGAUCCUACCCCAUCCAAAAGGAUGACUUCAUCGUCAUCCACGCCGCCGCUGGAGGCGUCGGCCUCAUCCUCUCCCAAAUCGCCUCCCGCCGCCUGGGCGCAACCGUCAUCGGCACCGUCUCCACCCCCGAAAAGGCCGCCCUUGCCACCGCAAACGGCACCCAUCACGUCGUCGUCAUCCCCUCCUCCCCCGCACCCGGCACCAAGAACGCAUACGAACCCCUUGAGACCCUCGUCGCCUCCCUUACCAACGGCAAGGGCGUCCACGCAGUCUUUGACGCCGUCGGAAAUGCAACCUUCGAAGCCGACCUCGCUAUUGCCCGGCGCCACUCAACAAUCGUCCUCUACGGGUUCGCAAGUGGACCUAUCCCCGAUUUCAACCUCAGACGUCUGACCCCCAAGAACCUGAGCGUGACCCAUGUCAGCCUGUACAACUAUAUUAAUACGUUCGAGGAGUUUGAUGAGUUGUUCAAGGAAGGCUUGGAGCUGUUGAAGGGUGAUGAUAAGGUCAAGUUGGAGGUGUCGAAGAUUUAUGAGUUUGAGGAGAUUCACCAGGCCCAUUUGGAUUUGGAGGGCCGCAAGUCGACUGGAAAGCUCUUGCUCAAGGUCGCCGACAGCAACUAA